CCUCACCUGCGUAACUUUAACUGUUUGGCUAUACAGAACUAGAUCAUCAACAUAACAUCAAUAUUCAAUGAAAUAAUUCGUCACUGUAUUAUUAUGGAAAGAAAAUAAUAAAUAUGGCGCAGUAUUGGGAUUUCCCAUACUGGCGAGAGGAAAUAGAAGACAUCAACGUUUCAACGAUUUUCAUUCAAAAUCAAAUAGAUGCUGAACCAUCUAGAUUCAGAACCAUCGUUCCCCUGAAAGAAUCCAGCGCACUCGCUAUUCCUUGGAAAUCAGGAAUCCCAGAAUACAAGCAAGUCAAGCUAUUUCAUCAUUUUUCACCACCAUCUUCCAUUCUUCAGCGAAAGAUACUUAGUCCUAAAAGUGAAGCACAAAACUUUUUGGAAAAUCUUGACGGAUUCCAAACAUCAUGCCCGCAAGUUAAGGAACUGUCUCCCCCACGUAUCGCUGCUAGGGAGAAACAAAAAGUACUCAGUCCUAAAUAUGAAGCACAAAACUUUUUGGAAAAUCUUGACAGAUUCCAAACAUCAUGCCCGCAAGUUAAGGAACUGUCUCCCCCACGUAUCGCUGCUAGGGAGAAACAAAAAGUACUCAGUCCUAAAAAUGAAGCACAAAACUUUUUGGAAAAUCUUGAUGGGUUCCAAACAUCAUGCCCGCAAGUUAAGGAACUGUCUCCCCCACGUAUCGCUGCUAGGGAGAAACAAAAAAUUAAUUUAUCAGUUAACCCUGAAAAAAUGAAAAAACCUAUAAAAGUACCUACAAAGUCAUUAUUUAAGAAAAGUUUUACGAAAUAUUUUGUUCAUACGGAAAAUGCAUCCAAAGCCGAGAAAAAU